CUGUGGUGAUACAGUCACUUAUAACUCCUCCUGUUUUCUAAACAGAAUUUACUGAAGCAGGAAGAAGAAAAGUGAAACAUUUUUUACAGAACAGAAGGCAAGACCACAGACUAAAAUGUAUCCAUUCAGCCUGUUUGUUUUUUUGGUGCUCCCAUAUCAAGCUUGCUUAGCAUGCUCUCCCAUCAAGAAAAUGGACAGGUGUGAAGAUUUGUGGACGGGAAUUGGAUAUGUGUACACAUAUGAAACUCCGGCUGGAUCUGAAAUUGAGAUGUACUCAAACAAUGUUAGUGGAGAUCUUAUGACUCCAAUAGCCUUUUGAGGCACAUCUCUCUGAUAGGUGAUAAAUGUGAACAACAGUGCUGUCAUCCUCUCUGAAUGCCUAAAUCUAACAUUCAAAUAUGUGUAUGUUCUCCAGGUGAGUCCUGUUAUUAGUUCACACAAUUGAGAUAAUUUGAUUGUUGAAAAUGAUUUUAGAGAUGCUUACUUCCCAUUUGUCUUCUCUUAAGGGCAAGGUGGAGGAGUGCCAUUUGUCUUCUCUUAAGGGCAAGGUGGAGGAGUGCCAUUUGUCUUCUCUUAAGGGCAAAGUGGAGGAGUGCCAUUUGUCUUCUCUUAAGGGCAAGGUGGAGGAGUGCCAUUUGUCUUCUCUUAAGGGCAAGGUGGAGGAGUGCCAUUUGUCUUCUCUUAAGGGCAAGGUGGAGGAGUGCCAUUUGUCUUCUCUUAAGGGCAAGGUGGAGGAGUGCCAUUUGUCUUCUCUUAAGGGCAAGGUGGAGGAGUGCCAUUUGUCUUCUCUUAAGGGCAAGGUGGAGGAGUGCCAUUUGUCUUCUCUUAAGGGCAAGGUGGAGGAGUGCCAUUUGUCUUCUCUUAAGGGCAAGGUGGAGGAGUGCCAUUUGUCUUCUCUUAAGGGCAAGGUGGAGGAGUGCCAUUUGUCUUCUCUUAAGGGCAAGGUGGAGGAGUGCCAUUUGUCUUCUCUUAAGGGCAAGGUGGAGGAGUGCCAUUUGUCUUCUCUUAAGGGCAAGGUGGAGGAGUGCCAUUUGUAUUACAUUGUUGCAGAGAGGGAGCAUGUGGAUAUGAUAACUAUCAAUCUGACUGACAAUCUGACUGACACCUCGGACAACACAUCAGGAAAUGGAGACAAAGCCAAAGCCAAUGUGGACUAGUUGAUGUCUGGCGUGAGAUCGAACCUCAAGCCAAGAUGAUACUUUUCUAAUGUACCCAACUCAUAUUCCACAAUAGACUACUUAUUUUUCCCCAACAGCUAUCUGCUGUGAACAGUUGCUCUAUUGGUAUGUUUUGACUUCAAAAUAUAUUUAUCUGUGAACCUGAGCAGCUUUGUUUCUCUAUCCAGAAAUGAGAAAUUUACUACAUCUCUAAUGGCAGAUAAACAUUUCAGAGCAAAAAUGCAUUGUGGGAUUGUGAAUUACAUACAGAUAAUAGUGACCCUACUGUACAUUAGAUGCUUCCACUGUAUGGGAGGCGGAAAAACCCACUCGAAAUGGUAAAAUGAUUUCAUAUGCCUCAUUUAAGAAAAAGAACAGUGAGAAGUUGUGUGACAUUGAGAAAGAUGCGAACAAUUGCGCAAAAGGUUUUCUACUGAGAAUUGGAGGCACGUAAAUCUUGAAGCAAACGAAAUCUUUAACAAACUCUCCAUAUCAAUGAUAACAUGUUCCAUGUUAGACAAAAACAUAUGAAUAUGAUAACCAAGUAAGCUCCUUGUCUAUCAAUUAAAAAAGGAGCAACCAGAAUGCAUGUUACACUCCCCUCUUUAGCAAAAUUAAAGACCUCAUCCGUUGGUCCUCUCUCCCAUAACAAUGAUUGGAGGAUAAACAUAAUACUGGUCAAACCUGAGUCUAUGAAGCACAGAGCUGCCCAAUUUCCAACUUUACUAUUGGUCAGCCCAAACUCGCUAAUUCUUGUCUGGGACUUUGGGCAGAUAUGACUCCUCAUGGGUUCAGAUUGAAUAUCAAUCUAGCCAUCCUUUACCUCUGAAUCAGUUUCAUCACAUUUGUGAUGACAGUAAGUACACAGUAAUGGCAUGGGCAGACUGUAGAAAGCACUUGGGUAUUUCAAACACGUUUUUUAAUAUGCUCCUAUUUCUUGUUGCCCAAAGUGUUCUUAAAAUUCGGCCUUCAUAAUUGGUGCCCGCUGGGUCAUAGGAGGUUCGCAGACUUGUUCCAUAGUGGAUUAAAAACAAUGAAGGUACAAAUGGUACACAUUUGUUUUAAGUGCCUUCAAAUCAGAAAUGUUAUCUUUAUAUUUAUCAAAUAAUUAAAGCUGAGAUCUCAGUUAUCAGAAGUUAAGAAUUAAUAACCUCAUCUGUAUCAAAUUAAAUCAAAUCAAAUUGAUUUAUAAAGCCCUUCCUACAUCAGCUGAUAUCUCAAAGUGCUGUACAGAAACCCAGCCUAAAACCCCAAACAGCAAGCAAAUGCAGGUAAUACUUGAUAAGAUGUAUUGUACAUUAUCCAAACAUUAUGAAUCCUCCUUUGUUUCACUUCAAAUUAUGUGGGAAAAUGACUUAGGCACAGAAUUUGAUGAGGAGGUUUGACUUGAGAGCUGUAAAAAGAUCCACUUCCCAUUUACUAGUCCCAAUAUUAAGGAAACUAACUACAAAUGAAUGUUCAUGUUUUAGCUUACCCCUGUUGAAUUAAACUGUAUGUUCCCAGACACCAAAUUGCCUGAAAUGUAAGACUGAGAAAGUACUUUUUUUCAUAUAUUCUGGCAUUGCAAUAAGAUAAUGUAUAUCUGGCGCUCUAUUCAUACAGCCACUCAGAUCAUUUAGAUAUGGUAUUGGUACAAUCCUGUGACGGUUAGUGCUGUUUAUGAUGAGGGAGGACGAUAAACAUUUUUAUGGGCCUUAUUUCUAUUACAGCAUGCUAGGUGACUGUCAUUCAUAUUCCACUCACCCAGCUCAAUGUAACAUCGAUAGAUUUAGGCUCCUACAUGAUACUCGAAUUUUCCCUAUAGCCCUUAUGAAUUUGCAACAACCUAGCCUAUGAAUGAAAGUUUACAAUGUAGGUGUUCAGGUUGAGAUACAUUUUAGUAAUCAAGAUGACAGACAGUAACACAUUCAAUACCGCCUUGCACACUCUGGUCUGCAUCUUUCUGAUGUAGGGUGUAAUCAUUAGCACAACAGUUAUAAACAAGAGUUUCUAUUGGACAAAUUCAGGUAUGUUUAUCCCAGUUUCGUUCCGUUUGCUUCCGUUUAAGAAAUAUUUUUCAACAGAAUCGGCUGAAUGAAUACACCCCGAUCAAACGCAAAAAUAGUUAACUUUCAUAGGAGCCAGAUCGUUAUAUAAUUCCUUCUCGCAUCUAUGCCCUCUCCUCCUCUCACCUUUUCUUUCUCUCUCUUUGAGUCAACUACUCACCACAUUUUAUGCACUGCAGUGCUAGCUAGCAGUAGCUUUUUUUUCGUCAGUACUAGAGGAAUUCUCUGAUCCUUUGCUUGGGUGGGCAACAUGUCAGUUCAUGCUGCAAGAGCUCUAAUAGGCUGGAGGAUGUAUUCCGGAAGUUGUCAUAGUUUCUGUGUAAGUCUAUGGAAGUGGAGGAGAACCACGAGCCUCCUAGGUUUUGUAUUGAAGUCAGUGUUUCCAGAGGAGGAAUGAAACUAGCUGUCCUCUGGCUACACCAUGGUGCUACCCUACAUAGUGAUGUUGAGGCUACUGUAGACCUUCAUUGCAAAACAGUCAAUAUAUUUAGUAUAGUUUUAUCUAUAAAGGAUCACUUUUUGAAUGUUACAUUAUUUUUAUUAAUAUGAAAUUAUAUGAGGAGGAUGGUUCUCCCCUUCCUCAUCUGAGGAGCUUCCACUGGUACAGUACCCAAGCCUUUACCAUCUUAACCAAAUGCUGAAUACUGCGCUAGAUUCAGACAAGAUAAGGUUGCUGACAACUUACUUUGCAAAUAAAUGUAUUCUUGUGUGUUGAAAAAAUGACAACCCACCCACUUUUCAUUUGUGGCUAAAACAAGUUGCAAACUUCAUGCCAUUUGAAAAAUGAAUAAUGGACUUACAGAACUGCAGAUCCACAUUCUUGAAAGUAUAGUUUUUUAUUGAAAAAAGCUCUUAAAAUAGUACUUCUAUUUCAUAUUUGAUCUACAUUUAUUGCACUAGUUGUUUUAAAAUCUCUGAAAAUGUGUCUGCAUUAACACUAACAGUAUUAUGAUAUUACAGUAUAUCUGCAGCUAUCAAUAGAUAGUAUUUCAACCUAACUGCUUCAUUUAGUUUUGUAUGGAAUGUAUUUUCUGUUAGUCUUUAGAAUUGUUUAUUUAUUAUAUAAUUGAAGUCAGACAUUUACAUACACCAUAGCCAAAUACAUUUAAACUCAGUUUUUCACCAUUCCUGACAUUUAAAAAUUCCCCGUAUUAGGUCAGUUAGAUAUAGGAUAUAGGACUCGUUUAACUGUGGAUAUAGAUACUUUUGUACCUGUUUCCUCCAGCAUCUUCAGAAGGUCCUUUGCUGUUGUUCUGGGAUUCAUUUGCACUUUUCGCACCUAA